AGGCUAGGUCUGUCCCGUCCUUCGGGCGUUCGGGGAGCGGAGAAAGAGAGAAGGCGGUGCAGGGGUGGGUAGGUGAGCAGGCCGGGCAGCGAUGGUGGGGCUGAAAAGGGGAGCGGCUGGAGGGCUGAGGGGGAGUCAGGAGGAGGAGCUGCCUGGAGACCCCCUGGACCAGCCCUACGGAAGGAUUGAAGAUUGCUUGCCCCCUCUGGCCACCCCUUCUGCCAAGAGGUUUUCUCCAGCCAAACGGAAGCAAUAUUACAUUGACCAAGCCAUCCGCAACUCGGAUCUCAUUCCCAAGGCAAAAGGGAAGAAGAGCCUUCAGCGCCUGGAGAACACACGCUACCUAAUGACCCUCCUUGAGCGGGAUGAUUGCGCCAGUGAAGAUGGAGAUCUUGCCCAUCCUGCCUCCCCCAGCAUUUUUACUGAGGCCUGCAGAAAUGAGACUUAUAUGAAGAUCUGGAAUGAUUUCAUGAACCGGUCCGGGGAAGAACAAGAGAGAGUCCUUUUGUAUUUAGAAGAGGAGGCUUCCAAAAAACCGAAAAACAAAUUUCCUGAUAAAGCGGAAGUCAAGUGGAAAGAGCAUCCUCCAUUCACACCCAAAGACUGUUUUCAGCGCAUCAGCCGACGCUUACGAACCACCCUGAAACGAAGUCGGAUUCCCAUGGAAACCCUGGAAGGCUUGGAGGAAGAGUUGCUGGCCUUUUUCUCCACUAACCCUCAAGCUGUCUACACAGCUAUGAUGGACAAUAGCUUUGAACGGCUGCUGCUUCAUGCCCUCUGCCAGUACAUGGACCUCGUCUCUGCCAGUUCCAACUACGAAGGCAAACGCCAAAUGAAGGUUAGCAACAAACGCACUGUCUUUUUGCCUCCUGAGCUGCUGCUGUCCACCUACCUGGAGCAAAUGAGCUGACAGACAGCAGAAAAUGAUGUCCUUGUUCCAUUUCCCGGGCCUGCUUUGGAGAUGUCUGGUUUCAUUGCUUUGCAGUAUUCAACACCAAUCACGUUACACGGGGCUAGGUUCUCCCACCUUCAGAUAUGCCAGUCUUGCAGGCUGAUAUCCUGUUCCGGAAUUGGGACCUUGAUGCCCUCCACAGGUUGUGUAUGGUUGCCUAGCAACUGUCCAUCUUUCCUCUGUGCUGCUUCAACACUUGGAAGGCCGCAAAGGUUCUGGAUGAUGGGAUUGGAGUGAAGGCAGUUGUCUUAAACCCAGAUAGGGAGACGAAAGCUAGACCUAUGGGAUCUGUGACAUGCAGGCAUUAUAAAACUACAAAUCCCAGCAUGCCUUGCUGGUCAUCUCCAGGCUGGGCCUUCUGACUGAGCAACUGAGGAAGGCCAAAGCAGGGAGAAGCAGCCACCCCAUAACAAAUCAUAGUUCAAACAUUUUGCUUUGCUUAGGUUAAACUUUUCUACCCAGGUGCUAUCCAGAUAUGCUGCAGGCCAAUCCCAUCAUACCCAACCAUCACCAGCAAUUAUCUUGUUAGUUGGGGUAAUGGAGGCUGUAGUCCACCAUGAGUGUUUUGUGAAUAGAGAACCAGUGUGUAAAUUGAAAUAAUGAGUAAAUAGUGUGACAUAUUGACCGCACCAUACUGGGGUGGGUGGGUUAUUGUAGUCAGUUGUAGAGUAGUCCAAAUACUGCUUAAAAGCACUCACUUUUUCCAUGGUAGAAUAAUCUAUAUAUAUAUAAAAGCGAAACAAUACUCAUGCAUCAUCACAAAAUCUCCAGAACCGUAAA